CAGAAGUGCGGAAGACCUUGUCAUAUUGUUGGAGAGUCAGCCUCGUGCAGUCAAGCCCCAUUUUCACCAGCCUCAUUUGCAGCGCGAUCAGGAAAGCCCGCUUCCGCUUGCCUCGGGUCCAGAACGUCGACGACCCAAUUGACCACCGAAUCCACGCCGGCCAGUCCGUCGACAUACCGCUAAGAUGUCGGGCAGAUAUGCUUUCGCCAAGGGUCUGAAGGAGCUGCGGUUCCUCUUUUGCCAAACCGGCGAACACAGCUCCGCGACGAGGUCCUUCCUCACGCGAGCUUACCCGAUCAUGAAGAAGAACAACCCGACGAUUCCCAUCAUGCUGCGGGAAGCUCAGGGCACCCUUCCCCGGGUCUAUGCGCGAUACGGUCCGUCGACAAGUUGCUUCCGCGAUGAGCCGUGGGACUUGCUUGCUAACAAUUGAGGCAGAGUUUGGAAAGGAGAAGAGCGAGUCGUUGGAAGGU